CCGAUUCCCCAAUCCAUCCCAAGCUUCAACAUCCACACGAGUCCUUCUUCUCUCAAACAAAAACAAAUCCAGCGACGAUGUCUGGGCGCGGCAAGGGCGGCAAGGGGCUGGGAAAGGGCGGCGCCAAGCGCCACCGGAAGGUCCUCCGCGACAACAUCCAGGGCAUCACCAAGCCGGCGAUCCGGAGGCUGGCCAGGAGGGGCGGCGUGAAGCGCAUCUCCGGCCUCAUCUACGAGGAGACCCGCGGCGUCCUCAAGAUCUUCCUCGAGAACGUCAUACGCGACGCCGUCACCUACACCGAGCACGCCCGCCGCAAGACCGUCACCGCCAUGGACGUCGUCUACGCGCUCAAGCGCCAGGGCCGCACCCUCUACGGCUUCGGAGGCUAGAUCUGCAGUGGAGCAGCUUCCUCGUUUGCUCUGUGUGAUAUGUGCUGUGCUGGAUGGAUUUACCGAUCUGGUGUGCGUCGUUGUAUUCUGUCUUUGGGUUGAGUAGGCUGUGUAAUACCUUGUUCUGUUCAAUGCAAUCCGUUCGAUUCUGAAUCCUGACGAAA